UUCAUCUUCAACUAAUUUUCUCAAAAUGGCUUCUUUCCAUGUUCGUUCCGUCAGUUUACCUAAAACCUCUCAUCCUAUCACUCUUGCAGUGGAGGAGCAAUUGUGCCAACUUAAAGCUACUGAACAAGCUACCUCAUCUUCAUCAAUCAGUCAGAACUUAUCUGGUCUUGUAGACUUAUAUGAGUGUGUCGAGGAUUUCCUUUCUACCCAUGAUGGGAAAUGCUUAGACUCCGGUUUGGAUGGAUCUAUCAUAUUGUUGGAUGUUUGCAGUAUUGCCAAGGAUGUUUUGUCUCAAACAAAACAAUCUGUUCAAGAACUACAGUCAUCCAUCCGUAGACGAUCAAAUGAAGUUUCUGAAUACAUGAUCUCAAGAAAGAAGAUUAGUAAAGUGAUCCGCAAGUGCCUCUCAGAUUUGAAAAACAACAAGAAAGUCGAUGCUGAAGUUACUAUUCUAAGAGAAGUUGAAGCCACUACUCUUGCAGUGCUUGAAUCUGUAUUGUCCUUUGUGUCUGAACCAAAACAAAAGAACUCCUUGAUCUCUAAGUUGAUGCUAACCAAGCAACUGUCAAACAAAGAAACUUCGGAAGUAAUGGAGGUGGAUACCGCAGUAAAAACCCUUACCAAAGGCAUUGAAGUAAACAAUGUGCAAAAGACAUUGAAAGCCCUUGAAAUGUCCCUUGAAGAUCUUGAAGACAAACUAGAAGCUGUCUUCAGGUGUUUGAUUAAAACUAGAGUUUCACUCCUCAACAACCUCAACCAGUAGUAACAUGAUAUAUUACUACU